GGUCGUUCUUUUUGCUCCAGGUUCCGAGCCAGACGCCAGAUGCUCUCGCACGUCCGUGAAUUUUUGCAACAGAAUUGAUGUUGCAAGCAGAGAAUUGAUAUUUCCGAUACUCAAGAUGGCGGUACCGCGGCGAUGGAGAGCUCGGAAUUGGAAAUCUCAAGCAGACGCGCCACUUACUACAAACAUCCAUGGCGGUUGAAACGCACCAAAUUAAAAAUGAAGCUCGAUCUGGACCGGGAGAAGGGCCUCGAGCUCUUCGGUAAGCUGAUACGUACAAAGAACAUCGAAAGUCUGCAGGGUGAUCAGCCCAAAACCGGUCCCGAGCCACUUCAUCCAGCCGACUCCAAGCAGAAAUUACAGAAGUGCCUGACGACUCUGGACCUGACGUCUUUAGGAGUUGGCUCCUGCGUCGGGACAGGGAUGUACCUUGUCGCAGGAAUGGUGGCGCGCAGCGUUGCCGGACCUGGUGUCGUCUUCUCAUUCAUUAUCGCAGCCAUUGCUUCCAUUUUUUCCGGGGCGUGUUACGCCGAGUUUGGAGUACGAGUGCCUCAUACGACCGGCAGCGCUUAUAUGUACAGUUACGUGACAGUAGGCGAAUUAAUAGCAUUCAUUAUUGGAUGGAACAUGGUGCUGGAGUACCUUAUAGGUACGAGUGCGUGUGCGUGCGCCCUUAGCGCCUGCCUGGACGCGUUGGCGAACGGUGCUAUUUCCGGGGGGAUAGCCAACAGCGUUGGCACCAUACUCGGACGGCCGCCAGAUUUUCUCGCGUUCGUCAUCACGAUACUCAUGAUGCUGCUAAUGGCGGCGGGGGUGAAGAAGUCGCUGGUGUUCAACAACGUGCUGAACGCCAUCAAUCUCGCCGUCUGGGUCUUCGUCAUGGCGGCGGGCAUGUUUUACGUGGAUUCUAGCAAUUGGUCCGAGCACAGCGGUUUCCUCCCCUAUGGCUGGAGCGGGGUUUUCACCGGCGCGGCGACGUGUUUCUACGCCUUCAUUGGCUUCGACAUAAUAGCCACCACCGGCGAGGAGGCGACGAAUCCGAAGAGGAGUAUCCCCCUCGCUAUAGUAUCGUCAUUGAUCAUAAUUCUCGUCGCUUACGUCACCAGCAGCAUGAUCUUGACACUGAUUGUUCCGUACGAUCAGGUCGAUCAAGAUUCGGCGUUGGUGGAGAUGUUCGGCCAAGUCGGGGCCUACAAGUGCAAGUACAUCGUCGCGUUUGGUGCGCUGGCGGGCCUGACGGUCUCCAUGUUCGGCAGCAUGUUUCCGAUGCCUAGAAUAGUCUACGCGAUGGCACAGGAUGGCCUUAUAUUUCGGAGCCUCAGCCAAGUUUGGCCGGCGACUGGCACUCCCGCAAUUGCGACUUUAACUUCCGGCAUGGCUGCCGCUUUCGCUGCGCUGCUGAUCCAGUUGGAGGUGUUAGUGGAAAUGAUGUCGAUCGGUACCCUGCUGGCGUACACCCUGGUGUCCACGUGCGUACUGAUAUUGCGGUACCAGCCGCAUUCGACAAAUUUGAUCGAGUUGCUGCCGCAGAGCCUGCGGACGCCGUGUCGAUCGCCCACGAAGGAGACGCAGGGAAAUGGCCAAGUGACUUAUGGCAAGGAACUGAGGCCCGAUCAGCUUGCGACCGCAUUAAACUCGGUACAGACGUCCCAGUCGGAGCUCACGACCAGCAACAAUGGGCAGCGUGUCACGGUGCGACGGGUGAGGAGGUGCAACAGCUCGUCGCCGGAAUCGGACGACACGUACGGCGGCGAGGAGGACGAGGUAGGAUUGGGUAAGGACGAUCAGUAUCUCGUCAGCGACAGAACGGAGAACAAAUUCUACGGCAGCGUGCACGCGGCCGCGGCUGCCUCGAGUUGCGGUAGCGCUCAUCAGUAUCCCGGAAACACGCCGAUCAUAGGGCCACCAUUGAAUUAUCUACAGCGUCGGUUGCAGGCGGCGCAAUACCUUUGUCCUGCUAUAUUUCCGUGGGUGGACAGAGGUCCGGCGACAGAAGCGUCAGGACGUUACGUCAUGAAGAUGGUUGGGAUCUUAUAUUUCUUGAUCCUUAUUUUUGACUUGAUUAUCGUCUGUGGGAUGGGUAACAUGGGAACAUUUACAACGAUACUACUGUUCUUAUUUCUCUUUGCCAUAAUCGGUAUACUUCUCGUCAUCAGUAGAAAGCCGCAAAAUAGGAGCACCGUAAUGUUCAUGACUCCAGGCUUACCCUUCGUUCCCGCGAUCGCCGUUACCGUCAACAUUUAUCUCAUUUUCAAGCUCAGCAUCCUUACCCUGGUCAGGUUCACGGUCUGGAUGACUCUCGGUUUCAUCAUGUACUUCCAGUACGGUAUUAAGAACAGUAGCCUGGAGGAGGCGAACGCGCCGGAGAACGUGGACGAUAUCGUCGUUGGGGGCACGGCUGGUAAUAUCGAGCUGACCGUGACCGAUCACCAUCAGCGGCAGCAGCAGAAGCCGUACACGCCGGACCGCAGCAUCUACGAGGGCCAGCAGCUGGACGUGUUCGGCCAGCCGGUGUUCGGCAGCACGAAUUUCGGCGGCACGCCGAACCAGCAACAGCACAUCGGCAUCGGCGGCCAGCAGAGGCAAGCGGGGUCGGCGGGGUGCGGCCGCCGCAUCGACCAAACCGCGUCAACGACGACGGGCAAGAAGGCCCUGUUCAUCGAUCAGAAUAGCUUCCCCACCUGGGACGAUUGAGAAGCACCGCGCGCGAUACCAAGAACGGAUAUUAAUGUAUACUUAACACACGGAUAGAGAGGGGAAAAAAGAGAGAUAUUAUUACUACUACGUACACCUCUGACAAAACGUUUUGCGCGCGCGCAUGCGACUGGCAUCGGAUGAUUACCGGUGAAAUCAGAUUCCUUGGAGAUCGCGGCACGCGGUUCCGAGUUGGAUGAUUGAGCGAGGUCCUUUCAGCACGCGACGAGCUGUCGACGAUAAUCGAGAGUUCAAUGCGCUCGAAAAGAUCACUUUGAGAAACGUCCAACGGAUCUUCCGGCAACUUAUCCCAGACUAAAUUUGUAUACAAGAGGACAAGGGACAAGUUAAACGCGAUUGAAGCUUAAUCGUUGCUUUUUUUAGACUUCUUUUCAGACUCCCUCGUAAUUUUACUUGAGAAGGAAAUCUGCAUAGGAAUCAGUGAUAAUGUUUUUUGUAAUUCUGAGUCUAUUGACGCUCCUUUCUUUUUCGAGGUAAGUUAUUCUUUUACAUUUCUCGUUUCUAAGUUUUAAUUUUACGAGAGGAGUUUGCGCGGAACGCUCGUUGGCACAGUUAUAAGUUGACUGUAAGAAAUAAGUUAGUUGCUCUGAAGAUGCCGUUGACGCUCGAUCGUUCGCUCAAAAGUUACGUCUUUCUUUACGAAGUACGCGCGAUAAAAAGAGAGAGAGAGAGAGAGAGAGAGAGAGAGAGAGAGAGAGAGAGAGAGAGAGAGAGAGAGAGAGAGAGAGAGAGAGAGAGAGAGAGAGAGAGAGAGAGAGAGAGAGAGAGAGAGUUUGGUUGGUGUGACGUAAAUGAGGAGACCAAAAAGGCCGCGAUUCUCCGGGGAUCGGACUUGUUGACUACUAUUUGGGACGAAUGUAGCAAAUAAUUUUGCGGCAAUAUUUAUUAUCCUAGUUGUAUAGUACCGUCGUUGACGAGGUCGCGGGCGAAAAGGGGAGGGUUGGGGAUGGAAACGGGAUAACGGGUCGCGAGAGAGUAGGCGUUGCGGGGUGGGAAAGGGAGACUGUAGGGAGAGAAAGAUGAAGAGACCAUUACCAUUAUUAGUAUAAGGCGAAACUUGUGUUUUCCAAGAGAGCGUUUUAACUGCUAAUAUAAGUUCAAAUUUAUCGCUAGUCUGCGAAUGGGGAAAUGAAUGCGAGAUAAGAAUGAGCUGCGUCGUCGGAGCGAGAGGAUGAAUGAAAAACAGUGAGAAUGAGAAAGAAAGAGAGAGAAAGCGAACAAAAGUGAGACACAGGAGAAAGAGCGAGGUGUGUCUGUGAGAGCAAAGAAUGAGAGAGAGAGAGAGAGAGAGAGAAUCCGUAGAAGAGAACAUUUUAAAGAAGAAAAAAGAAAAAAAAACAAGAAAAACGUCAUCUCUUUUGCCUAACUUUAGUCUUUCCCAAAAAGAAGAAAAAAAAAGAGUCUAGUCUAACAUAUUAUAAUCGUAUAUCUAAGCUUACUACAAUACUUACAUACGUCUUACCUCGAGUAAACCCUUUGAUUAUUAAUUUACACGCAAUUUGUAUAAAUUAUCUAGGAUUUAAGCGCGCGUCGCCUCCCAACGACGAAGGAUUGAUGGCGAGUAACACGAUUAAUUAAACUCGCUGGAAAAGAAUUAGACAUACCAAAAAGAAUCGGGCGGAGGGUGUAUUUACUUUUCAAAGUUGCAAAAAAAAAAUCUUGAUCUCGCCUCCGUUAAUUGGCAUCUACUUCCUCGGCUCCGUUUAUUUCAAUGAUCAGAAAAUCAAUUUUCUCGUUCGAAAAUCGGAGAUACGUAUCGAGAUAGAUUUCGAUGAGAACGGAAGGAGAGAGAGGGAGAGCAGAGACUAGACAGUUUAGUUUCGAAGGAAACGCGGAGAUCUCCUCUCGAUCGACUCUACAAUUCGUCCAAUUUCUUGCGGGAUUAGAGAUGUCGGAGGUAGAGACGGGAGACGACGCAAGGAUAAGAUUUCGUUUUCGUGUACAUAUCUUCGGUGUUUCGAGACAAAGCCGUUUCUCCGUACAUACGUGCACAAGUCCGUUGUGCUUCUCUGUCCGCUAGUGUGUUCCGCGCGAUGAAUCGAGGAUAGCUUUCGAUGCUCCCGAGUAAUUAUUGUCGGGGGAAUGCGCGACCGCGUGUCUCCGAUACGAGCGAAUGCACAUGCUGCAUCGAGCGUCACCGCGAUUACUUAUUCACGCCACGAGUGGAGCUCCAAUUAGUCCGGGUCGAGAUAAUUCAAGACACAACUGAAGAUACGUGCUGAUCUCCGCCUUACGGUUAGUGGAUACGUAUUCUGACGAGCUUUUAUUCUCACGAAUAAGUUAGAACAAACGAGAGUGGUCACGCUGCAUGCGUACAGUUCUUCAGAUGUUGCGCGAAUUCCUCGGAACAAAUUGCCUAUUCGAACGAGGUUGUUUCUUCAUCCGAAUUCGUGCGACUCAAUGAAACAAACAUUGAAAGACUAUCGAUUUAGGUCGAUUUUUACCAAGAUAGUAGAUUAUCUUUAAUUUCGGUUUAAUUUACUUUUUAUUUUUAGUUUCAAGAAUUAGAAAAAUAAAAAAAAAAGUUAAACUGAGAUCGAAUUUAGUCUACAUUAAUAGAAAUAGACUAAUGUUAUUAUGUAGUAUUGAAUAAGGUUUAAAAAUAAAUGUCUGUGGGAAGAAACUUAUUAUAAUCGAGUGCAGUAUCUUGAAGCAAACACUUUAUUCGCGUUUAGUUCUUCCAUUCAUAAGUAAAAUUUUGAAGACCUGAGGAUGACCGUAUUUCUUUUCUAAUACAAUUAAAAUAGUCUUUCUUUAAAUUAAAAACUGUUUAAUAAUAGAUUGAAUUUCUCCAAAAGGUACGAAUCAUCAGUGGCAUUUCUCUUGUGUAGUUGUAACAAUAAAAUUAAAAUUAAAAUUCCGAACUUCCUUUGAAGUUACAGUAAGGCUACAUUUCGUUCAAACGAGCAUUCACUGUAACUGUAUAUAAUAGCCUUAGUCUCUCGACUAUUUGCUCCGUUAACACUCAUUAUCGACAUCCUCGUUCGUGUUAUUAAUUCCAAGAUAUCAAUCGCGACGAUCGAUUUAUCGGUCGUCGCAAAGUAAUCCGUAAAAUAUCCCAAGGAGGACAACUACGAAUAAUACGUGGAAUGCCAUAAGGCGGAAUGUUUAUCGAUUGCGCAUUGCGGAACAAUCAAGUAAAUGCGACUAGAAGUCGCCGGAAAUUUAUUACGCGGGGCUCCAAGGCACAUUGAGUCACGCAGCGGAUAUUCUGACAUAAAUAAUUUUCGUUAUUUCAACGUCGUUUUUUUUUCUUCGUGAAGAAACGUUCAAUGCCACGCAGCAGGUUCUCCUCGCGUUGCAUCGAUCGCCGAUCGUUUCGUUUCGUUGCGUCGCUCGUAACGGAGACACGCGCGUCGUGCACACUAUUCGACAUUCGAUCGUGCAUCUUCCAGACGAGCGUCGAUGCGUCGCGACGCGUCGCGUCGGUCGAUCGCUCGAACGUGGGGCAACGUCGUUGGCGGGUACGACGACCGGUCCCCUCUCCCCCUCUAACUCGCGAUCGCUUUCGCGAAACCUUUCUUCUCGUGUCUGUACUUACUUUCGUCCAAUUGCUCCAGCACUUUUGCCACUUCGUUAGGACGUACGUCGUCUGCAUUUCCGUGUUUGCGGAAAUAAUCCCGGCGAUUCUCUCUCGAGUCGCCCAACAUUCCGCGUCCCUUUCCCACGUGAACGGCGAAUUCAACGACGAGGCGACGAUAGGGCGGGACGAUCAGGGUGAUGACGAUCGACGAGCUACGCCUACGGACGAAAUUGUCUCGAUAAUCAAGUCACCGAGAAACGAAAUGUCGUUUGGAGAAGGAAGAGAAAGGCAAACGGAAGAAAUGAAAAUUUCUUCGCGCGAGUAGAUACUUUUAUUACGUAAAUUUUUUCGAUUUUUUCAUAACAUAAAUUCACGUUCGUCGUAACUCACAUACAUCUUGUUUAUCGCGCCAAGAGCGAGUCCGUUCCGCAGCCGAUCGUUUACCCUGAUCCCCCUUUAGUUUAUCGCGCCCGGGGUCUCUCAACGGAACCGGUGGGAUCCUGAUUAAUCUCGCGAGAAAAGUGGAAAAAAGAAAUGUGUAUAUGUAUACAUAUACAUAUGUAUAUACAUAUAUAUAUGUAUGCACACAUGUACUCUCUGUGAUCGAAACACUGUACAUCUGUAACGAGACGACGAUAAACGUCGAUCGUUUCGCGUUCCAAGCGUAAAAUUGAUUCGAGGAUCAAAAGGGGAGAUACUCGACACGCUACAGGGGCAGGUCGAGAGAGCUUGGUUCUCGCUUUUUAUUCUCUACAUAUCGAUCGAGGUGAUCCUUUCACACAUAUCAGUCCUGCACACAUUCGCGGGGCGCGGAUAGUCGCGGAAACGUCGCGUGAUCGCGAAGCUAGCCGCGCCGCCGACGUCGACGACGGGCGCGCGCGUCUCGCAAAAUACUGUGCAGCACUUUGUACGUGGAAUACUUUCUACGUGCGUGAAACUGUUCGAUUUUUUAGGUGAUACAUAUCAGGGCGGUCGUAAAUUCGCAUCUACGCUCGCGAUCACGAUAUUAAUUAGUCCGUUGUCUAAAAUAAAAAAAAAAGAGAUUGUAUCUUUUUCCUCGCUCUUCAAGUAAAUUUAACCGUGAAGCCCUGAACUCAGCUGAAGAUUAAAUAAAAAAUUUUUAGUAGAAUUUUGACCUAAUUAAAUGGAGUUUUCAACGUAAGUUAAAUAUUAAAAUAUUUAAUACUCCAGACAUUGCGGAGAAGUUGCGUCCAAAAUUAAAGUUGCUGUUAGGGAGAUAGGGAGGUUUCGAAUGAAUGAAAAAUCGGCAAACUUUGAUUCAUUGUCGUAGGUACAGGAAUGAAUUGAAUAUAAAAUCCUUUUUGUGAGAUAUUAUAUUACAUAUUAGCAAUAAAAAAAAAUUGUUUUCAAAGUUACAGAAUAUCCAAAUAUUAACGUAUGAAACAAUUGCAGCUUGACUCAUUGCGUGGUGUAAAUUUAUUUUGCAGAGAUAAAUCGAGAACGGUUAAAGAUGUUGAGAUGUUCUUUUUUUUUAGUUAAAAAGCAUUAAAUUUUUUACAAAAAUUAACUGCAGCUAAUUUUAUACCAUUACUUAUUUACAUUUUAUGAUAAAAAGCUUUAUUUCUUUGAUUUUUUUUUUGUAUUUUUUGCCGUCAUUUUAUUAAUUUUGGCAGGAUUUUUUUAUUCUAGUUUAUUCUUUACAACGAAAACUUUCCAUAAUACCGUUUGGUUCAAUAAAAUAUGUAAACUAGAUCAUCCACAAUCUGUAAAAUCACGAUCUACAGCGCCCGAUGGAUCAAGCUGCAAGCGCCUAUAUAUUAACAUUUUGUAACUUUGAAAAAAUUUUGUUAUUUUUAAUAUACAGUAUAAAAAAUUUAUAGAAGAAUUUCGUAUUCAAUUCAUUCCUGUACGUAUAUUAACAAAUCAAAAUUUAUCGAGUUUUCGCCAUUUCACAUACAAACUUUUCUACCUCCCUGAAAAAUUAAACGGCCAAAUAUUCUGGUCCAAUUUUACUUACAAUUAGACGGAGCGCAGGCGCGAAUUUUGCAUUUGCAAUGCAAUUGGUAAUGCAUUUGUUCCGUUGUUCCUUUUUAUCUCUGAUCCUUUACCCCUGUAAUAAUGUCGCGGAUAUCUCGGGGAACUGCUUAAUUGCGCUGAAUUUACGUCAUCGUGAAAUAGCCUGCGAAAACUGGGAUCAUAAAUCUUGCACGAUUUAUAAUUCAAAAUGUUUACACGUCACUUUCCUGAAACGAAGCGCAAAGUUUGACUUUUUAUGUAUGUACAUACUUUGUAUACCUAUAAUGAAUUGGAAAAUAUAACUGAGCAACUUUGAAAACUUUUACAUGAAAAGAAACAUGUCGAAAAAGACGUGCUUUUGAAAUUAGCGAUCAAGGCAAAUCGCACGCGUAUGCUCGAUGACGUAACGCAUAUUGCAAUCUGUAAACGAAACCACAGUACUCUGGAUAUCCGUUCUGUCUGUCGUAGAACCGCGCUAUCGCGGUACCUGGACGGGCGGGAGUUUACUCUGUAAAAGAACAGUGCCUGUACACAUCUCUCCAGACGUUAGACGAGACGUUAGAGAUCCCUUCCUUGAAACGGACAAAAAUACACGGCGGUUGAAAGGGCGAAGCCAACGAAGGAGCUAUGCCGCAUUUUCAAGUUUAUUUAAUUCCUUCGUUCAUUAUUUAAUUUAAUUUAAAUCUCACUAAAAAGUCGAGUCACGCUUUGCAAAAAGUCACAAACGCAAGAAUAUCGGGUUUAUCGUGAUGAACAAAUGGCAAGUAACGUCUUUCGACCGAUUCCUCUUCCCGCAAAUACUAUUCGAUCGAACUUGAUAAUCGAUAAGAUUGAAACUUCGCGGACGGCAUAGCUUCCUCGUAGUCUUCAGCACUGACAAAUCAAGUAUGCUACCUAUAAUAUUGUUAGCAAGCGGAUCCAUUGAAGUUGCGUGUCUCGAUGGAUCUCAGGAGGAUAGGACUACAUGCGAGGCUAAUAGCAGAACGACGAGGAGGACGCGCGGCGUUUUACUCUUUGCCCUUUUAGUUAGUCUUUCGUAUUCUUAGAUAGGAGGAAAUGGCCUAUUGCACAAGAUGGCGGGAUUAUGUCGGUCGUGGUACAAACCGUAAGGUGGAAUUUAAUUCGCGGGAGGACGCUGCGCCGGUGAGAAAAAUCUCUGCCUGUAAAAGUCCGAGAAACGUUCGCGAAGACGUUCGCGAGAGUGUCGGAGGUAGUAGAAUAUCUACCGGACGUCUUUGCGAGACGUAUUAAUUUGGGACGAGGUUUCGUACCGGGGCCGGACCAGAUCCCGCGCAGAUGUCACGUGUGUACCUUGAAGUCGCAGUAACUCGCUGCGUAAUACCUUGAGAGUUUCGACGGCUGUAAGUUGAAAGUAUUAGUUGCCGCGAAGGAGGCAUGACGCGGAGAAAUAUCGCACUUUCAGUCGAGGAAAGUGACAACCGCGAAAGCGCUGCGAAAUCGCCAUUUGUCUUUUUUUUUUUAAGGAGGGGGAGACACAAGUAUCUCCAAUACGGAAUGAGAUGGGAGAGCAGCGUGAACGGUGGCAAUACCGUUGUGCAUAUAUACCUGGCAAUAAUAAACGAUUUAAGUGAUUAUUACCUUCCCUCUCGAAAUGCGCGAUUUGUGAGAAAUCGGCUUGUGAUACUCGCGAUAAUUCUUCUUCUUCUUCUUCUUCUUCUUCUUCUCCGUUGGAAGUGCGAUAUGUAACUAAUAGGAUAAGUGAUCAGCAGCUGAAGAGCAAUUCGGUUCAUAAUUGCGAGCGCGUAUAAAUGUACGAAUGUAUAGCUAAACAAAAGAUACACGUUCCUCGUAAAGUGAAGCACUCUAAGAACGACAGGAAUCUAAGAGAGUCACCUAUCUUACAAAUUGCAAUCGAUUUAAUGGAAUACAAUAGAAUAAUACAGUUGUACGGCACCGCCGAACCGAGCGAAUCGGCACGCGAAAGUUAUUUAUUUUCUAUUUUCUCUUCUCGAAAAAUCCCCCCCUCCUCUGCGAACGCAGACGAAAAAUGCAUCGCGUUCGCAUCAUUCUAAAAGUAUAAAAGCAACCAAAUAUCUCGUAUACGCGACGUGGGUGUCGAGUGGAAUAUGUUCCGGAGGAUUUGCAUCCGACACGCCGCGCAUUGUUAAUACCCUCGGCACGCUUGUACGGCGAACGACAUCGCGAAAAAGGCGUUAUUAAUAUUAAAUUAACUGGUAGCGAUUUCAAUCUCCUACGUAAGCAAUCUCGCGAGACCCGGCGCGUGUGUGGUUACGCGCACGCGCGCGCUUCGCACAAUUCUACGUCGCUUUUCAAAGUCGCGCGACUUCACAUUCAGAUUUGCAAGAGUGCAUCGUUCCUGCGUCGACCACGGAUCGAUCGAUCCGCGGCUCGAGUGGAUGGACGCGCGAACGACCCGCGGAAGAUCCGAGAUUCUGACUCCUCGGCCGAUGGAAGUUGACAGCGACUAAACGUGCGUCGUCCAAAAUAUGGAAAUGCAAAAGCGUCCUUCAACGUCGGAAAUUCCGCGAGAACGCCAUUUUUUCUCGUUUGCCGGGAACUAGACAUUAAAAAAAAAGAAUCUUUCUUGUCCUUAAUAGAAGCAGAGAGAAAGAAGGAGAGAAAGGGAGAGAGAGAGAGAGAGAGAGGGACAGAGGAUAAAAGAGUGUGAAAAAGAAAAAAAAUAGAGAGAGAGAGGGAGAGAAAGAAUGAGAGUGAAUGAUGUAUGUGCGUGACGAUAUACUUUUUUUCUCUCGGGGCGGUCGGGUGGUGGGCACUCGAAGUAUCUCGGGAAGAUAUAUGCGCACGAGAAGGACAGAAUUUUCCAUGUAAUAUAUAUACCCUUACGUAACUAUAUACGUUGUUUAAUAUUGAUAAGGAUCAAAAAUAAAAGUGAUUAUUCAAAAGCUAA